UAGCUGCUAAAGUACGCAGAGUCUGAUCCUGGAUUACGUGACUCCCAUUUGCGCAGGGAUCACCGCAGUGCAACUGAUCGGCACCAUCGUGUGGCUGAUGAUCGAGCCGCCGGACACCACGGAGAUCCAUCCGUAUCCACUCUCCGCGGUGCUCACAUGCCGCGUGUCCACGUUCUCGCUGAUGAUGUCCCUCGUCUACAACAUGUUCCUGAUCCUGAUGUGCACCCUGUACGCGUUCAAGACCCGCAAGAUCCCGGAGGACUUCAAUGAGGCCAAGUACAUCGGCUUCACCAUGUACUCGACGUGCAUCGUCUGGCUGGCCUUUGUGCCCAUCUACUUCGGCACCAAUAACGACUACAAGGUUCAGAUCGCGAGUAUGUGCAUGUGCAUCAACAUCUCCGCCUCGGUUGCCCUCGGCUGCCUCUUUACGCCCAAGGUCUACCUGGUGCUGUUCCAGCCCUACAAAAACGUCCGCCCCGGCCACCCGAACGUAUGUACAUUGCUGGUUUUGCUACUUAUCCCAUCUAACAAUUAAUCCCGUGAAACGGGACAGACGGAGUGUCCUGGAAUUCCCAGAAAUUGGACAGUUGGUCACCAAAUCUCACUGGUGGCGAUCCCUUUUUUUUUUUCGCCGAUUCCGUUCCGAUUCCUUUCGGAAUAACGCGUAUAUUAAAUUCGAUGGGGAUUUCAAGGCUUAACAUUUUCCUUGCCGCUCAAGAACUCAAUUUAGACUUUACCGUGUACCUAUAUUCGUUCAAAUUAUCGCUUUCUCCUCCCCUGACAAGUAACAGACUUCCACCUAUUAAUCUUUUCCCUGCACGACAAGCAUGUCGGAUAAACUUUAAUCUAAUGCUACGGUAAAUUACACAUUGAGGUUCGCUAUUAUAAACGAUUUAUUGAUUAGAAAG